GAAGCGACGAAAAACUAUUUACAGCGUGCCCUACGCGCCGACACUGGCGAGACACAUAAUAGUAUUUGUGUUGACGCGGUUAAGGUUAUUAUGUCGCGGUAGAGUAAACGUAUCUAUGCGCCGAGUAUAUGCUAAUCGUGCAAGACAGUACAGGAAUAACGUUGACUUGAGUUUAAAACGUAGCUUUUUACUAUUGUUGCCAUCACCAUGGUGCAGCAAAAGCACGAAGAAGCGGUACGCGUUGAAAGAGGCGAAUGGAAGAGCAAAUCACAAUUUCUGCUCGCGUGUGUUGGAUAUGCAGUUGGUCUUGGAAACAUAUGGAGGUUUCCAUACCUUUGUUUCAAAAGUGGCGGGGGCGCAUUUAUAAUUCCGUAUCUGACGAUGCUGGUGUUGUGUGGUAUCCCACUGCUUUAUUUAGAGAUGGCAAUUGGUCAAUACACACGUUACGGACCAGUACACGCAUUGGAAAUGAUAUGCCCACUUAUGAAAGGAGUUGGCCUUGCAACUGUUGUAAUCAGCUUUAUCCUAUGCACAUACUACAAUGUUGUAAUUACAUGGGCAAUAUAUUAUUUCUUCAAUUCAUUCAAUGCUAAUCUCCCAUGGCAAAGCUGCAACGAAACAUGGAGCAGCCCAAACUGCAGUGUUUCUUCAAACGACACCGCCAAUAACUGGACAGUGUCUUCAACACAAGAUUUUUUUGACCAAGUGGUGCUAAAGAAAACAGAAGGUAUACACGACAUGGGAAACAUGCAAUGGAAAGUAUUUGGGUGCUUUGUACUAGCAUGGGUUCUAUGCUAUCUUUGUAUAUCAAAGGGAAUUAAAUCUGUUGGAAAGGUAGUAUACGCAACCGCCACGUUUCCUUAUCUAAUCCUUAUCAUAUUACUUGUGGUUGGUUGCACACUACCUGGUGCACGCUCUGGUGUCAUCUACUUUAUUAAACCCGUUUGGAGCGAGUUACUCAAUGUUGAGGUAUGGGUGAAUGCUGCUGCUCAAAACUUCAACUCGAUUGGAAUUGCUUUUGGUUCUCUCAUCGCGUUUUCAAGUUACAAUCGCCGUGACAACAAUAUCUUGCGCGACACUUUGUGUAUCGCGUGUAUCAACAGUGGGACAAGCUUGCUUGCAGGGUUUGUCAUAUUCUCCGCAAUGGGGCAUAUGGCGCAUGUCCUUGGUAAAGAAGUUGCCCAAGUUGCGACUGAAGGACCGGAACUUGUUUUUAUCGUUUAUCCUCAAAUCUUCUCCAAUCUUCCAGUUCCACAACUCUGGUCGGCAAUUUUCUUUCUAAUGUUGAUUUGCAUGGGUAUUGACAGUCAGUUUGCUAUGAUUGAAGUUGUCAACACGACGCUGUCAGAUGUUUGGGAUGGAAAACUGCUGACAAAAUACUUUAAAAGGAAGGAGUUACUCGCACUUUUUGUCUGCGUUAUCGCAUUCUUGAUCGGCAUUCCAAAUCUCAUGCAGGGCGGAAUUUACGUAUUCACGCUUCUGGACAACUAUACAGCGAUCGUGUCACUCAUGUUCCUUGCUUUCUUUGAAGUGGUAGCAAUCUGUUGGAUAUUUGGUGGACGUAGAGUAGCAAAAUGUGUCAAAGAAAUGACUGGCACUGCACCUUCCAAGUUUUUCGUUGUUUGCUGGGUCGUAUGUGCUCCUUUGCUGAUUGGAGUUAUUCUUAUAUUCAGUAUUGUGAAGUACAAACCUGCUCACUAUGGUUCCUAUGUUUACCCCGCUUGGGCAGAUGGUCUCGGAUGGCUUGUAGCGUUAUGUUCAAUGCUUUGUGUUCCAAUUGGGGCCCUUGUCACGAUUUUGAGUUUAAAGGGUUCAUUUUGGCAACGGCUCAAGCUAUCUAUUAUUCCACGUUUAAAAACUGAUGAGUUUGAUGAUGAUGUGAUGAAGUCAGUUUCGAGCAAAGAAUCUGACUCCCCUCCACCCUAUGCAACAGAGACUGCAACAUUUCUUUCAAACAAUACGAAAGUUUAGAAUUUCCAGCAACAAUUUAGGUGCGCGUUCGAAACGCAAGAACAUAUUAUACACACAGUUUUAUCUUCAUCAAGUUAAGCGGAGCCCAUGCAUUUUGUAUAUAUAACAUCUGCUUAUAUGCGUCACAUUUUUUAUACAUGGUAGUGGUCUAGUAAAUGUUGCUGUUCAUAUGCUGCAUCUACCAAUACCUCCACAGUUCAAUUACCAAAAUAACAAAGCAAUUUCGGAAACAUUCCAGCACUCUAAACCAAAGCUGGAAAAAGUUCUUUUUUAUACACAAUGAAACUCCCCAAUUGUUACCUAAUUUUUGUACUUGCACUUUUUUAAUGUAUCUUACUCAGUUAAAUUAAUAGCUGGAUCCUCAAUAGAAUCAAGUUUUGAGAAUUGUG